AUGGUACUGUCCAAACCUUUGCGAUCUCUCUUGUUAGGGAGGAAUCCUUUAAUUAAAACUCUCUCUUCCUAUUCUGAAAACCAUCAUAAUGGAUCGAAAAAUGAAUACGCUAACUAUAACAGUAUAAAUGCAAAAACACUUCCUAUCCUAGCUGGAGCUAGUUUACUUGGAGCUUACUAUCUUUAUGAUAAGACUAGAACUAUUCACGCUGAUGCUAGCCAUCAAAUUAAUAACGUCUCUCUAGAUCGUCCUAGACGGCCUGAGUUACCGAUUUACCGUAGCGAUGAUGUUAAAAAACAUGGAAAAUCUUCCGAGAGGAUUUGGGUUACGUUUAUGGAUGGUGUGUAUGAUGUCACGGACUUUGUAAUAUCUCAUCCUGGUGGAGAUAAAAUUUUGCUAGCUGCUGGGGGACCAGUUGAUCCAUUCUGGGCCUUAUAUGCCCAACAUAAAACAGCAGAGGUGUUCGAAAUUCUGGAAUCAUUACGGAUUGGUACUCUUCACCCAGAUGACUUGAGUAAUUCGAAAGAAGUUGAUGCAUCUGAUCCUUUCUCUACUGAUCCUAUUCGUCACCCUGCGCUUGUUGUGAACAAUGAAAAACCUUUUAAUGCUGAGGGUCCACCGUCGCUUAUUACUGAUUCUUUCUAUACUCCAAACGAGCUAUUUUUUGUGCGUAAUCAUUUACCCGUUCCAAAGACUGACAAAGAUUCCCAUAUCUUGAAUAUAGAGGGGAUUGGCUUCAACAAACCCCUCACAAUGUCCAUAAAAGAUCUCCAGAGCAAAUACGAAGAAGUAACCAUAGUUUCAGUCGUUCAAUGUGCUGGAAAUCGACGAGCUGAAAUGAAUGAAUACAAAAAAGUAGCUGGUCUUAUGUGGAAAGGCACUGCUAUAGGUAAUGCUAAAUGGACCGGCGUUCGUCUACGAGAUGUUUUGAUAGCGCAUGGUGUUGAUCCCAACAGCAAAUCUAUUAAGCAUGUUCAUAUGGAAGGUGCAGAUAAAGAUCCAACAGGCACACCGUACGGAGCUUCGAUUCCUUUUGAAAAGGCUAUGAGUCCUGAAACAGUUAUAGCCUACAGAAUGAAUGAUGUUGACAUUCCUGCAGAUCAUGGAGCUCCUCUGAGAUUGAUUGUGCCCGGAAAUGUCGGUGCUAGACAAGUUAAAUGGCUAACAAUGAUACGGUUAAGCGACGUGGAAAGUCCAAGUCACUGGCAGAGAAAGGAUUACAGAGUUUUCUCUCCACAUGUCCAAAUGGGAGACGAGUUAGACUGGGAUAAGGUUCAUUCUAUUCAAGAGUACCCAAUACAAUGCACAUUCUGUGUUCCGAGUACUCCUAUAACUAUUAGUCGAGAGGAGGAGUAUGUUGAUGUUUCCGGUUACGCAUGGAGUGGAGGUGGUCGUGGAAUCAUCCGAGUCGAAGUUUCUGGCGAUGGAGGCGAAACUUGGCAGAGUGCAGAGUUAGAGCAGGAGCCAUCACAGGACGCUGAACACAUGUGGGCCUGGACUCUCUUCAAAGCAUCAGUUAAAAUUCCCCAGGAUGGAUCCAAAAUGAUGUUAGUAGCAAAGGCGACGGACAGAUCGUAUAAUACUCAGCCGGAAACGCCGGUAGGCAUUUGGAACGUACGAGGUCUCCUACACAACGCUUGGCCUAGAAUCGAAGUAACGGUUACAGAUGAAUGA